CCCUCUCUCUCUCUCUCUCUCUCUCUCUCAUUCUCACCUCUGUGACUGUCUGUCAGUACCAGUCUUUAACUGAGCUCACACAAAGCACGAUGAGACUGCAGGAAUUAAAGGAAUUUCAAUUUUCCACUCUGUCUGAGAAGUUUCAGUUAGAAAGAGAUAGAUAGAGAGAGAGAGUGAUGGGUGGGGUGACUUCAUCGAUGGCUGCAAAAUUUGCAUUCUUUCCGCCAAACCCACCAUCCUACAAACUAAUUACUGAAAGUGCAACUGGCCUUCUGCUCCUGGACCCCUUUCCUCACCGCGAGAACGUCGACGUUCUCAGGCUGCCCACCCGCCGCGGCACCGAGAUCGUGGCCGUUUACGUCCGGCACCCUAUGGCCACCUCCACCCUCCUCUACUCCCAUGGAAAUGCAGCUGAUAUAGGCCAAAUGUACGAGCUUUUCAUCGAACUCAGCACCCAUUUGCGGGUUAAUCUCAUGGGGUAUGACUACUCUGGCUAUGGACAGUCAUCAGGAAAGCCAAGUGAGCAAAACACCUAUGCAGACAUCGAAGCAGCAUACAAAUGUCUUGAAGAGAACUAUGGGGCAAAGCGAGAAGACAUAAUCCUUUAUGGCCAAUCUGUUGGAAGUGGCCCCACUUUGGAUCUUGCUGCCCGUUUGCCUAAACUAAGAGCUGUUGUUCUACAUAGUCCUAUACUAUCAGGGUUAAGGGUCAUGUAUCCUGUCAAGCGCUCGUACUGGUUUGACAUCUACAAGAAUAUUGACAAAAUCCCAUCUGUAAGGUGCCCUGUGCUUGUAGUUCAUGGAACUGCUGAUGAAGUUGUCGACUGUUCUCACGGCAAGCAGCUCUGGCAACUGUGUCAGGAGAAGUAUGAACCCUUAUGGAUCAAAGGAGGAAACCACUGUGAUUUGGAGCUUUUUCCUGCAUACCUCAGGCAUCUAAAGAAGUUCAUCUCCUCGGUUGAAAAGUCACAUUCACGUCGGCAUAAUGCUCCGACCAGCCGCACAGACAGACAUCAUGAACGCUACUCCAGAUGGAGUACCGAUCACUGCUUGGAGGCUCCUAGGAAGAGUACUGAUCAUUACUGGAGAGAGAGACCGAGGAACAGCAUCGACAGGUCUGAAAAAUUUAGAAUCAUUCAAGACUACAGCUUCAAGUCUCAAAACAAUUUGGACAAGUCGAGAAUGUCGUUUGACCAGAUUGAAAGGUCGAGGAGAAGCGUGGAGUUAUGCCAUGAGAGAUCUAGGAGAAGCAUUGACCAGCAGCUGGAGAAAGCUCGGAAGAGCGUUGACUGGUUGGAUAGGAUUCGAGCUGGGUAGAGGUAGAUAUGUUUUCUCUGCAACGAAUUUUGUGCUCUGAGUUCGUUCUUGGGAAAAGGGAUUGGGAA